AAAAAACAGAGGUAAAAUCAAAUCAUCAUGAACAGUACAUCUAUGUCUUCUUUGGGAGUAAGAAAAGGUUCAUGGACUGAACAAGAAGAUCUCCUCUUGAGGAAAUGUAUCAACAAGUAUGGUGAAGGAAAGUGGCAUCUUGUUCCCAUAAGAGCUGGUCUGAAUAGAUGUCGGAAAAGUUGUAGACUAAGGUGGCUAAAUUAUCUAAGGCCACAUAUAAAGAGAGGUGACUUCGCUUCGGAUGAAAUAGAUCUCAUUUUGAGGCUUCAUAAACUUUUAGGCAACAGAUGGUCACUUAUUGCUGGUAGACUUCCAGGAAGGACAGCAAACGAUGUGAAAAACUAUUGGAACACAAACCUUCUAAGGAAGGUAAAUAUUACUAAAAUUGUUCCACGUGAAAAGUUUAAGAGUAAACGAGGAGAAAUUAGUACUAAGAUUGAAAUAAUAAAACCUCAAGCUAGGAAGUUCAUAUCGAACACAGAGAAGAAUAUUACAAACAAUAUUGUAAUUGUAGACAAAGAGGAAGAAUGUAAGGAAAUAAUAAGUGAGAAGCAAACUAGAGAUGCAUCGAUAGACAACGGAGAUGAAUGGUGGGCAAAUUUACUGGAAAAUUGCAACGACGACGUUGUUGAAGAAGAAGAAGGAGGAGGAGGAGGUGUAACUGAUUAUGGAAAAACAAUAACAAGUUUGUUACAUGAGGAAAUAACACCACCAUUAAAUGGUGGAGGUAACAUCAUGCAACAAGAACAAAGUGAUGGUUGGGAUGAUUUUUUUGUUGAUAUUGAUAUAUGGGAUUUACUUAAUUAAAGAAAUAUGUAAUGGCAAUAUUAUUGUAAUCUUGUAAUAGGGAUAUACAUUUAUUCUUUAUAAUUUGUAUCCCAACAACAAGUUGUGAGGAAAGUAAUGCUCAAUAUAUAUUUUUAUUAAUAUAUAAGUGCAUGUACUCUGA